UCUGCAUUGGUAACAUCAACAAGGCUGGUAUAAAACUACACUGUAUAAAGACAGUGCGCCAUCCCCUUGUGAUUCAGCAGUGCUACAUGUAGUUGGGACACUGUCAGUUGUUUUCAGAUCACUGUACACUGACAGAGCUGACCAUGGAUGUGAAAGCGGUGCUUGUCAUCCUGGCUGUCCUGAUGCCCCUGCAGCAAGCUUCCGGUGAGGGGGGGCUCGAGAUCAACAUCAACAUUGAGCGCAACGCAGGAACAAGUGACAUGUCAGACAAGAGUCAGAACAUAUUCCAGAACAUGGUCACCGCUCUAGUGCUGGAACAGAACAAGGAGAUGCAGGAGCAUAUUAAGAAGUUGCAGGAGCAGGUCAAGGAGUUGAAGGAGCGAGACAAGGAUGUGGCUGACUUGAAGAAUCAAGUCAAGAAUCUCACAGCAGAUCUCUGCUUCACCAAAAAGACCUGCUGUAACAAGACUGUAACCUGUCCCAGUGGUUAUGAACGGUUCUGUGAAAGGCCAGACAUGUGCUACAAGUUUGUUGCCGAGUCAGAUUCAAAGAACUACACUGAUGCGAAGUCAGCCUGUCACGCUGCCGGCGGGCGCCUGGCUAUGCCUAAGGACAAGGCCACAAACGACCUCCUGGAAAAGCAGGUCAUGGCCAAGUACAUCCUGAAUAAUCAGGCCGUGGCAGGUUCCAUGCCAGUCCCCCAUUUCUAUUUCUGGAUCGGUCUGACAGACCAGGUGACAGAGGGAACCUGGGUGUGGGAGGACGGGAAAACACUCGGCACUGGCUGGAACAACUGGGCAUCAGGGCACCCUUUCCAUGGUGAUACUUCUCACAACUGUGCUGAAAUGGUAUAUGGCGGAAAGUGGGCUAAUCUUCCAUGCAAAAUGUUGUUGGAUUACAUCUGUGAAGUGAAGGCCACUGCUGCCUAACCAAGUAUGAUGUUUACUGGGAGCCUGAUACAUUUGAAUGAACUGUAGCAAGUAGAUGGAUUGAGGUUGAAAAAAUUUCAGGUUGUCAUUUUUUAAGUACAACAGUCUACAGUCUAUUACUGUGGAAAAAAAUCUAAACUCAGCUAAUGGUGGAGUGUUUUUUGUUCUCUUGUGUGGAAUUUGGACUAUGAUUUGGAUAUAACCACAUAGUACUUUAUAAUACAUGUACAUGUAGUGACAGAAAGAGGAGUGAAAAGCAUUAUGCAGCUGGAUAAUGUCCAUACAAAAUGUACAAAUUGAAAGCAUGCUAGCUAAUGACGGUAAUGUUUGAACAUUACAUAUUGUAUGUAUCAGUAUUAUAUAUAGUAUACCAAUAGUAGGGGCACACCUAAAUUGCGUGUGAUACUCACUGACAGAUAUUGUCACAUCUGACAUCUGAUUGGAAGUGCAUAGUACAGAAUGAAGAUACCUUGAUCAGAAGGUACACGUAUCUGACAUUCAUGUGAGAUAUAAAGAAGUGCUCCAAUAGUCAACGUUAUGAUUAUGAUAUUGUAUGUGAAGUAAAUGCUGUUGUUACUGAUGAGAGCUGAAUA